UUUCUCGAAGUGAUCACGCGCUUUACCGGCAUUUCAGCGCUUAACCGUCAGCGGGCGAGAGUGUCCUCGCGUUAUUUAUUUAUUUAUUGUCGAAGGCUUUUAUUAUUUCCAAGAUGCUGUGCCUGUGCCUUUAUGUGCCUGUCCAUAAUUCAGAUCAAGUCGAGGUGGAAUAUUUUGAAUCUAACGGAUUACCGUCCGAGCUGAAGUCGCUGAAGUCUCUCAGUGUGCUUCUACCUUCGCAGGAGUUCUCCACAUACCGAAAAUGGAGGAAGAAAACCAUGAAAACUGAAGAGAAAGAGCAUGACGGACAGCUGGACUUUGAAGAGUUUGUUCACUACCUCCAAGACCACGAGAAAGACCUGAAGCUGGUCUUUAAGAGCCUGGAUAGAAAGAUUGCUGGUCAAGUGAACCCCAAUGACGUUAUGAACUCACUGCGAGAUCUUGGCGUGCAUAUUUCCCUCCAGCAAGCGGAGAGAGUCCUUCAAAGCAUGGACAAAAACGGCACGAUGACUAUUGACUGGAACGAAUGGAAGAAGUAUCCCUCAUUACAGCCUGCCGAAAACAUUCCCGAAAUCAUCCUGUACUGGAAGCACUCGACUAUCUUCGAUGUGGGAGAGAACAUGAUGGUCCCAGAUGAGUUUACGUUGGAUGGUAGGGGAGCUGGAGCCGUUUCCCGAACCUGCACUGCUCCGCUCGACCGACUCAAAGUCCUCAUGCAGGUGCAUGGAUCUCACGGAAACAACAUGUGCAUCAUGAGUGGUCUCGCCCAGAUGAUCAAGGAAGGAGGGAUGCGUUCAUUAUGGAGGGGCAACGGCGUCAAUGUCAUCAAAAUCGCACCCGAGUCGGCCCUCAAAUUCAUGGCUUAUGAGCAGAUCAAACGUCUGAUGGGAAGCAGUCAGGAAACUCUGGGCAUCACCGAGCGCUUUCUAGCAGGUUCCCUGGCAGGAGUCAUCGCCCAGAGCGCCAUCUACCCCAUGGAGGUUCUCAAAACCCGUCUGGCGCUGAGAAAGACGGGCCAGUACAAGGGCAUCUCAGACUGUGCCAAACAGAUCCUGAAGGGCGAGGGAGCGUCCGCGUUCUACAAAGGCUACGUCCCCAACAUGCUGGGCAUCAUCCCGUACGCCGGCAUCGACCUGGCCGUGUAUGAGACGUUAAAGAACACUUGGCUCCAGCGCUAUGGGACGGAGAAUGCGGAUCCGGGUGUGUUUGUGCUGCUAGCCUGCGGUACGGUUUCCAGUACGUGCGGCCAACUCGCAAGCUACCCACUAGCUCUCGUACGAACACGCAUGCAGGCGCAAGCUGCGGUUGAAGGUGCGUCUCAGGUCUCGAUGACGGGACUCUUCAAGCAGAUCCUGAAGACAGAGGGUCCCACGGGUCUCUAUCGGGGCCUGACCCCAAACUUCCUGAAGGUCAUCCCGACCGUCAGCAUCAGCUACGUGGUGUACGAGCACAUCAAUACGACGUUAGGCGUGCAAUCAAGAUGAGGCUGUGAAUCUCGAGGUGUGGAGGCCAUCUCAUUCUGUGAAUGAUGCCAACCAACAUCUCAUUAUUUAUUUAGUGUUCUAGAACGAUAAAAAAAGAAGUUCGGAAGCUGAAAUCAGGGACCAAUGCUUUUUUGAUUUCAUGUGACCAGUGUGUGUCUGUGUGUGUGUGUGUUUCAUCAUGUACAUGUAAGAGUCGAGUUCUGUUAUGGCAAUGCAAUUCAAUCAACUCUACAAACUACUGUCAAAUGCAUUAUUUCAUGCUGAUUGAAGUUGCAUUGCCUGUAUCUUACUAAAGCUGCUUUAUGUUGACUAAAGUAAUAUAUUUAUACAUCUUUAUAACCAGAUACUUAUUUAUGUAAGUUGUGGCAUCUGAGAGUUUAAUGAAUGUGUUGCACCAGUGUUCUUGUGUUUUUCAGUAGUUCAGCUGCUGUCUGAUUUAAUCUUAAUCGUGGUUAUUUUAAAUCAGCACAUUGUUGUUCUUCGCUUUGCCUUAAUAUAAUAUCUGGUUGAUUUGAAGACGAAUGCACUUUAAUGCUUUAGUCAGAUGUAAUGCAAUGCAAUGAGUGUAAACGUUGUCAGAGGGUGUGUGUGAGUGUUUUGUUACGGGGACCAUAUGUUUAAGUAAUAAAUGCACAUGAUAUGCUUACUGGAGGUUUUGAAUACACUAAUUUCAACAUAUAAAUGCACCGAUCUGUGUUUGUAUCUGAAGGAAGCUGCUUACAGAUGGAUGUUCUUGGGAAUGAAUGAUUCAAGUAUGUCUGAGAUUUAUGUUUCAGAGUGGCUCUAAUUUUAGUUUGGUUUUAGAUCAUUUAAAAAAAAAAAAAGAAAUCCUAAAUGUAAUUUAUUUUUUCAAUAAAAACUUAAUAUUCAUAGUA